AUGACGAUGGGUGAACGAAAAGGAGAUGAUGAUCGUUUUGUGGAUACUUUAUGUCGAAAUACGAAUGUUCAAGCGGCAAUAAAUCGCUUCGAUUUACAAAGACCAAUUCAACCGGGAAUCCCCCGACCGCGUUUAACACCGCCAACAAAUGAGCACAAAAGCUCGCCCGAGUCCACGAUUUUAAACGAUUUUCCGCGAGUGAAAAACUAUAUUCCGAAGAACAACAACAAUCUUUCUGGUUCACGAGAUGAGGAAAUGCGUCGAAUCUCUUCAAAUAAAGCGUCAAAUUUUGAAAGACGAAUAGAAAGAGGGGAAACGAAAGAAGCAAAAAAUUCAAAUAUUCUUCUCCGAAAGUCGCCACCAAAUUCGGAAAGAAGAGAAGACAGAGAAUUGUAUUCGAGAAAGUAUGAUGGAUCGAGUGGUGGAGGGAAAUUUAAACCGGCAAAUUUUGGAGCAGGAAUGCUUGGUGUUUAUGAUGAUUUGAUCAAGAAAAGUCCGAAAGAAAAAGAAAUCGAAAUCGACGGAGAUUCGAUGUCUUUAGAUGGAGAUGUAAGCAGUGUGAUGUCGACAAAAGAAAUCAAAGAAAUUUAUGGUAAACGAAUAAUUACCGGCACACAGGAGAAUCAAAAAGAGAAAAGCAACAAUAAAAUCGUCAAUCCACCGCCUGUCACUUUUGAGGAAAUGAAAAAUAAACUUGAUCCUGAGGCGAUUUUCACUAAACAAGAUCGAAUUGGUAGAGGAUCAUUUGGAGAAGUUUACAAAGGAAUCGAUAAGAGAAAUGGACAGGUUGUCGCCAUAAAAAUAAUCGAUUUGGAACAAGCCGAAGAUGAGAUUGAAGAUAUUCAACAAGAGAUUCAGGUUUUGAGCCAAUGCGAGUCUUCCUUUGUGACCAAAUACUAUGGCAGUUAUUUGAAGGGAUCAAAACUAUGGAUUAUCAUGGAAUAUCUUGGCGGUGGAUCAGCUCUCGAUUUGACGAAAAGCGGGAAAUUGGAUGAGAAUCAAAUUGCCGUCAUUUUGAGGGAAAUUUUGAAGGGUCUUGAAUAUCUUCAUUCUGAAAGAAAAAUCCAUCGUGAUAUUAAAGCGGCCAACAUUUUGUGCGGUGAACACGACGGAAUCGUGAAAUUGGCUGAUUUUGGGGUGGCCACUCAUUUGUGGACAAUAACAGCCAAUGUCCUUGUUUCUGAACACGGUGAUGUAAAAGUUGCCGACUUUGGUGUGGCUGGUCAAUUGACAGAAACGGUGAAGAAAAGGAUCACUUUUGUUGGUUCACCUUUUUGGAUGGCACCUGAACUCAUCAAACAAGCCAGUUAUGAUUUCAAGGCCGAUAUCUGGUCAUUAGGAAUCACGGCAAUCGAGUUGGCUAAUGGAGAACCGCCACAUUCGGAUCUUCAUCCAAUGAGGGUUCUCUUUUUGAUCCCGAAAAACCCCGCCCCUCAACUCCAUGGUCCACAAUGGUCUCGAUCAUUCAAAGAUUUCGUUGAACUCUGUUUGAACAAAGAUCCAGAAAAUAGGCCAACAGCUAAAGAACUUCUUCGACAUUCAUUCAUUCGAAAAGCACGCAAAAACACGAUUCUCAUUGAAGUUAUUGAAAGAGCCGCGGAGUAUCGAGCGAAAGCCGGACAAGCGCACGAUGGUGAUUUGGACGAUGAUGAAAGUAUGGCUGGAACGAUGAACCAAUGGGAUUACCCGACAGUCAAACGUGAUAAGAUUGAUGAUGGUACAAUUCGACAUAAAGGAGAGAAAAAUGCAUUCAAAAGUGGAAAUGAAGCGACACCCCCGGCAACGAUAAAAUCGAGCCUAAAAGUGAGUGAAAUGGCUGAACGAUUGAAAGCGAUUGGAAGGGAAAAAUCGGGAAGUAGAAACGAAUUGCACGAAGCAAGCCCUUCAUCAAGAAACUCACCGGCUACCACUCUUUCUUCGCUCAAUAAUCAUCUCGCUCAAAGUCUUUCUUCUCGAAAUUCUCCUCAUGGAUCAGUUCACAGUUCAUCACCAUCUUCUUCGAUUCAACUAACCAAAAGUGAUCGUUCUGAAAAAGACAGCGGAUAUGGAUCAUCGCUUAGUGAUUCAAGAAAAAUGAAUUUGAAUGGGAAGAGGAAUUCGAUUGAAGAGAUCGAUGCAGUUAGCAGUAGAAAUGAUCCGCAAAGGAAUUCACCGUAUCGACCGUCAAAUGGAUCGGGUGGUCGAAAUAAUGGAACUCCUGCGAGAACACCACUAAAUAAGGGUGCAUUAGAAUAUAGUCUACUGCCAGUGAUUGAAAGAUUAACGAGAACAACAGAUGCCCGAACGGAAAUUGAUGCGCUCGUUUUGGCACUCAAACAGGCUGAAAUCUCGUCUCCGGGAAUCUGCAAUCAACUCGUCGAAGAGAUUCUUUUUUGCAUUUCUGGGCAACAAAUUCCUCAGCCAAAAAUUCAAGCAGCUGCCGAUCGACUUACAAAACGAUCC